GCUUGUUUUGUACCAGUGCCCUUACUUCUGGAGGGAUAUUCCAUUGAUGAAGGUAUAGGCAGUACCAGUAGCUACCUAAGUCGCAGAAACCGUGGGCUGUUCCUGACGCACUGGGUGGUGGAAGGUGAUGACGACUGGCUACAAAUAACCCUGGCAAGCCCCAUACAGCUGGCCGGAGUUGUUGUCUCUGGUGUAAAAUCAGCACAUACACACACCUUUGCAUUGGAAUAUGGGCUGGGGACCGCCUGCAUGACAGCAUAUACGGAAGGGGACGAAAGGAAGAUGUUCCAAGCAACAUUUGAUCGUUCUGGACGAGAGGUGCUUCACCUGGCCAUAGCAGUGCACGCCAAGGUGGUGAGGCUUACACCGCACUCGCGGGUGGGAACUGCAGCAAUGGACAUAGGACUGCUGGGAUGCCCAAUAAAGGAACAACGCGCUAAGGACCUUUCCUGUGGCAAGGGCUGGAGGAUGUUUGAAGAGCGCUGUUACCAGAAGUUCCCCUCUCCACUCGUCUGGUGGGCUGCAGAGAGGUACUGCCAAGCUCUGGGUGGCCACCUGGCGGCCGUCAACACACUGCAGGAAAACAAGUUUCUCCGCAUUUCCUUUGAAACUGGAUGGAUAGGAAUGAAGCUUGGUGCUGUCAUCUUAAUGUCAUCUUGUCAUCUUGAUUAA